AUGAUUUGGCAUUGUUCGUUAGUCAUGCGUUGGGCGUCUCUAUUCGUCAUCGCUGGCGCCACCUUCACAAGAGGUGCUCUGGCGAACUUCUUGAAUAAGCCCGAUGGCGGACGCGGGUGGACAUCCCAAUUCAUCAGUCAAGGCUACGAAGUCUAUGUCGUCGAUCAGACGCUCCGAGGCAGAUCAGCAUGGUCUCCUGCCUAUGGAGCUUCCAAGCCCUCAACGUAUUCCGCUGAGAUAAUUGAGCAACGAUUUACAGCCGGACAGAAAUUUGACUUGUGGCCACAAGCCAAGAAGCACACGCAAUGGCCAGGUACAGGACUCCGAGGAGAUCCGGUUUUCGAUGCAUUCUAUAGCUCGAAUGUGCAGUUUAUCAACAACGCCACCUACCAGCAGGAUAGUGUCCAAGCUGCUGGAGCUGCUCUUCUUGACAAGAUCGGCAAGCCUGCUAUCCUUUUGGGCCACAGUCAGGGUGGCAUGAUGCCGAUUCUCAUUGCUGAUGCUCGUCCCAAGCUUACCAAGGGCUUGAUACUUCUCGAGCCAUCAGGUCCACCAUUCCGAGAUGCGGUGUUUGGCAACAAAACCGCUAGAGCAUGGGGUUUGGCUGAUAUCAAUCUUACGUACAGCCCAGCUGUUACCGACCCUUCAACUGAUCUCGUCCAAGAACUACAGCCAAGCCGAGGAAAAGACUUUGUUGAGUGUAUCCUUCAAGCUAAAAAGCCUGUUCCGCGCCGCCUUGUGAAUUUGGAAAAGAAACCCAUUCUGAUCGUUACUGGUGAGGCGUCGUACCACAUGCCUUAUGACUACUGCACGGCCAAAUAUCUUGAGCAAGCGGGUUGCUCAAAGACCAAGCAUGUUGAGCUUGGAGAGGAAGGAAUUCAUGGUAAUGGGCAUAUGAUGUUCAUGGAGAAGAACAGCAACAAGAUCCAGAAUCUUGUGGAAAGAUGGAUAAAAGCAAUAUGA